CCCGCAGGAGUGAGACUCUGGGCUUCGCGACCAAAUUCGCCUGCCGCACGGUCUCCGCUGCUAAAAGUGCUUUUCCAGCCUACAUCGUCGUCGGCGUCAGGCUUGCCGCACCCGCCUUUAGUCUCCGCCGAGAGCGUUGACUCCAAGGUAGAUGAUUCCCCCAUUUCCUUUGGAUUCUGGCUUCCGCAUACCUCUUUAUCGGACGCACAUCCCCCCAAUCCCUACUCCGUGUUUGUUUUGCGCCCCGUCGCCUCCUGGAUUUGCUCAGACGAGUAGCCGGACCGAAUGACACGGAUCUGCUGGGCGCAUUUCUGAAUCUUGAUCCUUUUCAAGGCUGGAGCUGCUACUGUCUCUCCAGACGGCUUUUCUCGUCAGACCAAGAGUGAUUCCCCUCAUCUUCCUCCGCUUUUCACAUCCUCUCCUCGCUUACAACACCACGGCCGUUCUCUCUGGUGACGCCGAGCCUCCCGUACCCUAGGCACUACCUGGUCCUCUUCGAUACUCUUGACACCAACGCACUUUGUCGACACACGCUCGCUCGAUUCCCUUGUAUUUCGGCCAGCUGCGUGGGCUCGCCCACGACCCGCUACCAUGUCAAUCAACGAACCUAUAGAAGCGUCACACGCAAAGCCCGACAGACGCUCGAAUCCUUCGCCGCCUCCCACGCUUUCAAAGCGAGAAAAGAAGCGACAGCUGCUUAUCGACCGUCUCGCCUCUCUUUCUGAGCAGUUCGAUAUGAAUCGUGACCGGGAAUACCGCGAAAUGCUGGCCAAGAUCCAAGUUGACACAGCGCUGGUCAUGCAAGUCGACCCAUAUGCUGCUCAGCCACUUGCUGCCAUAGACCGGGAGCAGAGCAUGAGUGACAACAUCGAUCCUCAGUUCCGCGGUAGGACCGUCCUUGAAAUGGCUGGUCCAAAGUUCCAGGAAUGGGUUAACACCAUUGAGGAUCUCGUGGAACGCCGCGAUUUUGAGCUGACGCGCCACAAGGACGAGUUCGACAUGAAGAGCCACGAGCACCGCAACGUCUACAUCUACAAAACCGAGGUCGCAAAGCGUGAGCACCGCGCGCUGUCCCAGACUCUUCGCGACCGCCUCAUCAACGCCAUAAAUUCCAAGCGAGCACGCCUAACCAAGGAGAAGGAGGCUUUCGAGAUCUCCGACGCUUCUGCGCUGCUGUUGCAUCCCAACCAGUACUCCAUCACGAAUCCCGCAAGUCCUGGUGGCACGCACACCAAGCGAGCUACCCGACUCCGUCAAAAUGCCGACGAUGCGAGCGGCUACUCGGACGGCAGGAAACGCAAACGAAACGGCGCAGACGACGAUGGCUCACCGGCGCCCCAGCGACGGGUCCUUGAUCCCAACAACACUACACCUAUGUGGCAGAACGACCGACUUGUAUCCCGGAAAGCUACUGGUCCUAUAUAUAGCAUCGACAAGCUAUUCACAGACAAGGAGCUUGCGAUGCAGUACAACACUGCUGCGCUGGCUGCCCAUAAGUACCUGCUUACGAGCAAGUCUAAACCAAAUGGCUCUGGCGGCCAUGGCUCACCCGACGAUAGCGAUGCGGGCGAGAACGACGACGGCGACCAGGACGGGAACGAGCCCAUCGCUGCGGCCCCAAUGAUGGAGCGAGUUCCGUCACAUGCCACUCGCAGCCGAGGCGGUGCAAACAAUGCAAACUUCAUCGACGAGAAGAUUGUGGGGUUGGAGGCGCUCACCAAUUUUGAGAUUCCAGGGAAUCUCGAGAAGAUGGCGGCGGCAGUGCCCAAGCUACCGCCAAUGUUCUUGGCUACGUAUGCCAAGUCGUAUAGCAACAAGGACGGCAACAGUCCAACCGUUUUGCCCCCUGAGGAGGUUAACUCAGAUCUGAUGGUGAUGAACAUACUGCGACAGUACGAGAAAAUCCACGGCGUCGGCUCAAACUUCGAUAACGCGAACGGCUGCCGGAAAGUGCUAGAGGCAACUGCCUUCAACGUGCGCGAAGAUCGAUAUGCCAUCUACCUGGACGGACCCAGAAACUCGCCUGAAGACCUCCGAACCGACCUGAAGCUUCCGCUGAGCUCCGUCCGUGGACCGCCGACUCCAAACUCCAAGGCUGGCCCAACAACAGCCCCGGGCGCCAGCCCGAUGAGUCGCCAGAGCAGCCAAGGGGGCGUCGCUAUGGUUCGACAGGGUAGCAAUACCAGAGCACAGCGACGGCGAAACUAAUCAGGUCCAGUCUGAUGAAACAGCAUAGUCGAGGGGGGCAGUUUAUCUAUUGGAUAGCCAUAAAAUAUCCCACUACUUACGGAACAGUUAGGGAAUCGAUGGUCACGGUUUGGCGUCGGUGCUUUUUGGUCAUUUGUCUUGCUGUCUUUUGUGUCAGCAAACACUCCUACACUCCGCUUUCUGUCUUGCUUUGUUCUUCUUUUUUCUUGUUUCUUCUGUUUCCUCUCCCCGCAUAGAUGUUCACAACAUUUGGUUGCAUUACUACACCCAUGAUUUCCCAUUAUCUCCUCGCCUGUAAUUCUCCUUGACUAUCACACUGUUUCAUUCUCGUGACAUCAUCUCUCCCUAUUCACCUCGUCAGUAUGUCGCCAUUGCUCUGGCGACGGUUGGGAUGGCCACAAUGGAGUACAGGGGUUCCACUGUUUUGGGGAACGGAAUCUGCCCUUGAUCACGACACAACGGACAUGUGUAUAACCCGUCUUAGGGAGGUUAGGUACGUACCCGGUAGGUACUUGGUUAUGAAAAGGACGAUUUUCAUUGCGAUGCCAAACAAAAUGCCCG